UUUGUCCAUAAUGUCGCUGCAGUCGCACACGUUUUCACAGCGAAAGGUGAUGAAUUAUCUUAAUGUACACAACUUUGUAAUCUUUCUGAACAGAAUAGGAUUGAGAAGCAAAACGGGUUAAAAUGCUUUUUCGAUUUUGUAAUUUAUGUUAUAAAGAUGUAGGUGUGUCGAUUGUAAAUUUACGGAAAUACGGAAAAAGAGUUAGUACCAAACGUUUUAAGAAAGGUAAACUCGAAAAAGAAACGUUGAUCCAUGACCAAAUAAAUACAAAGAAGCCAAUAAUUGUGUGCAAACGCCCAGUAUUUAAUUUCUACGAAGGUCAAAGUUAUUCACAGUACGAAAAAAUACCAAUAGCUAGUCAAGGAUGGCAUCAUCCAAAAUCUAGAGGAGAUUAUUUUUUUGUAUAUCCAGAACACAAGUUAAAAUCUGAUCAAACGAUUGUAGAGUCUACUUUUGAGAAUUAUGAUUUACACUCUUCAUUAUAUAAGAAAUUGCAGGAAUUAGGUUUUAUAAAACAGUUGGAAAUUCAAGAACAUGCUAUACAAAAAAUUUUAGAUGGUCAAAAUACUGUAUUAGCUGCUGAAACUGGAUGUGGAAAAACAUUAGCAUAUCUUGUUCCUCUAAUAGAUCAAAUUUUAAAUUGGAAACCAUUAUUACAAAGACCUUUUAAUUCUCCAUUAGGAUUAAUUAUAACACCAACUCGAGAAUUAGCUGUUCAAAUAGGGAUAGAGGCAAAACACUUAUCAAAAGAUCUUGGUAUUUCAACAAAAAUUUUGACAGGUGGUAAAACAAAAAAAUUGGUAUUACGUUUACCAUUGAAUGAUGUUGAUCUUGUUGUAGCCAGUUUUGGAGUUAUCAGUAAAUUAUCCACUAUUGGACUUUAUAAAUUGAAUUGUGUCAAACAUAUUGUUCUGGAUGAAGCAGAUGCAUUAUUUCAUGAGACAUUUGAAAAAAAACUUAAAGUAUUUAUGAAUAGAUUAAAGAUUGGUAAUCAGCAAACAAUAGAUGAAAAUGGGAUACCUAAAAAUACUCAAUUGACAUUAGCUUCCGCUACAAUGCCCCAAAGAAUUUCUGAAGUUUUAGGAGACAUAGUAAAUGUCAAUUCUCUAGUUCAAAUAGUUUCAGAAAAAUUGCAUCAUGUUCUAGUACCUCAGAAAUUUAUGAGAUUGGGACCAAGUGAAAAACCGUACGAAUUAUUAAAAUAUAUAAAACCAAAAAUUAAAUCUAAAGAACCAAUAAUCAUAUUCAGUAAUAAGAAUGCUACUUGCGAUUGGAUUAGUAUGUUCUUACACGAAUGUGGUAUUAAUAAUGUGCAUUUGAAUGGUAAUAUGCCUUUAAUAAUUAGACAAGGAAAAUACAAAGAAUUCCAAACUGGAAAAGUUAAUAUAUUAUCAACUACGAAUAUAGGAUCUAGAGGGUUGGAUACCUUCAUGGUCCGACAUAUAUUGAAUUAUGAAUUUCCAUUGGAUACUUCUGAUUAUAUUCAUCGAUGUGGUAGGGUUGGAAGGGUAAACAGUCAUAAAGAUUGCAAAGUAAUCAAUUUUAUUAGUAAUUAUCUAGAAAUUCAGAUAGCUCAAAAGAUCGAAAGAGCCUUUCGCAGAGGAAGACCAAUACCUAUCUUCAAUAUAAUGAUGAAUAAUAUGAAAGAAGAUGUUGAACCUCUAAUCUCUUCCAAUGAUAUCUUGCAAAAUGAUAUAAUUCAAAACAUAGAUGAGGAAAAUAGUAUUCCUUAUUAAUAAAUUUAUGAAUUAUAUUAAUAAAACACGCGACAUAUAUUUUUCAAAAAUAUUUUCAAAUCUAUAGAUAUAUUAUUAAACCUAAUCAAUGUGAGAUAUGAUCACUCGACUAUAGGAGAAUAUAUACGAGAGAAUUUCCCUCGUUUAAUAUACAUUCGUUUCCUAAUUUAAUUAGCUUGUAUGAGGCCAGUGUGAUUAUUCUUUCGUGUAAGAAUUCAAUGACGAAACCCUCGCAAUGCCUACCAACACGAUCAUCUGAUUAGAUAGGUAUCGUUAUUUCUAAUUUGAUGUAAUCUUUUAAAAACGGAUUUUAUUCUUUUGCCCUGAUAGUUAAUUUCCUAUCUUCGCAUAAACACAAAUGUUUAAAAUUUAAAUAGAAUGUCUUAUUAUUUUCGUUGUUUUUUGCAAAUUAAAAAAUUUAGAAUAUAUUUUUAAAUCGUUUCUUUUCGUCUGUACGAAUUCCUAAAUUUUAAAGUUUUAGUAGAAGGUAGCAGAAAGGUUUAUGUUCAUCCAUAUGUACUGUAUCCUGUCGUGUCCACUGACACACCCACACUGGACACCCACGCGCGGCAAAUAGUAAUACUAUAAGCCAGAAUAUACGUCUAGACCAGUUUAUUACUCACUUUGCGUUUUAGUGAAAUUAAACGUGGUCAACGCACGCUGUCGUUUUACUUUAGCCGGCUUCGUUCAUGUGGGUGUGUCGUGGACAACUAAAAUAGUGUCGCUAAACAAUAUCAUCGCGUGUUUCUUAUCUCUUUUGAAUUAACAGCUGGUCCGAAUUAAAUUCAAAAAUUUCGUUUAACCCUUUUGAUACUAUGGGUGCGUAUACAAUACACGUUCAUAAAAUUAAACGGUACAAUGUCAUACAAUCGUAUGUAAGUAUUAAAGUUACAUCUGAUGUACAAUUAUCUUUUUAAUUUUGCAAUAGCUAUUCAUAAAAUGUUUAUGAAAAUAUUUUUCUGUAUUUACUUUAAAGCUCUUUAAAACAAAUGAAAAGUUCGAUUAAAUAAAAACAGAAGAAUUUGAUUUAUAAUAGAUGUAUUAUAUAUCAAAAAGUAAUAGUGAAGAUAGGGGGUAAUUUAAUGUGAGACUGAAAUAGCAUGAAGCGUGUAUGAAUUGUAUAAAAAUAUACCAUUAGAUAACUUGUUUAUUUCAUUAAAGAGUAGAAUAUUUAAACAAGGAAUCUUCGCUUUAUUAGUAUUAAAAGAUAAUAAUCAGAAUAUUAAAAUAAGCAUAAUAAAUAGGAUAAAUCAUGAUGUAAGUUCAAUAGAGCAUAAAUUUAAUACUUAAAAUUCAGAUUACGAAGUAAAAAGGUUACGAAAAAUUGAUAUAUGUAGGAAACCAAAGAAUACUGAUUAAUGCCGAUUAAUAAAAAUUACAUAAUGAGAGACUAUUUUGUAAACAAUACAUUACAUUUAUCUAGAAAUUUACCAUUUAUCUAUUACAUAGGAUUUAUCUAAAAAUUUACCAUUUAUUUAUUUCAUACCAUUCAUCUAAUCUAGAAGAAGAUUCGGAAUAAUAAAACAUUUGUAUUAUAUAAUUAUCAAUCUGUGUAUAUUCUAGACUUGAUUAUGUAUACAAGAGCUUCUAAAAAUAUUGUAAAGCAUCAUUCAGAAUCGUGAAUAGAAAGAAAUAUUGUUAUGAUGAUAUUACAGUCAUACAUUGGAAAAAAAUCAUGUAUUAUACAUCGAUAACUGAUUCAUAAGUCUUGCCUUAUUCAUUAAGUUGCAUAAUAAAAGAACUUACGCAUGUGGAACGGUGAGGAAACAUAGAAAGGGAUUACCGGAAAUGUCGAAGAAAUUAAAGAGAGAGGAAAUAAGUUUCAAAAGCACAGACAUUUCAUUAGCAUUGAAAUGGAAUGAUAAGAAAGAAAUAUGGAUGUUAUCUGCAUUACGUAGUACUAAAAAAAAAAAGAACAACUAAAAACUGAAGAGGCCAUUUAUAAAUCCAAAUGCAUUAAAAAUUGUAGUCAUGUGUGCAAUAAAUAAAAGGGGUAUGGCAUUAACGGUUUAAAAUA